UGGCCAGACCAGACAGCAGACGAGAGUGGACUCUGGUCAGCCGCAGUGCAAGACUGUCAGUCAGUAGUAUGUGGAAACUGCUGGUCAUCGCUGCUGUUUGUGUGCAGCUGUGCUGUGCACAGUACCCGAGAUACCUUCGUUUCCCGGUUGGCAGAGGCGAUGACACCAAAUGUCAUGACAACCAGGUUGACAAGAAGUACAACAUCGGCGAUGUCUGGAGCUCUCCAUUCUCUGGCUGUAAACAGAGUCACUGCGUCAAGGACAACGGCGUCCUUUACAUUGACAGAUACCAGUGUCCGUCGGUGAGAACGCAGGUGGACUUCAAGAAGCUGAAGGCCAACAAUCUGUUCUGCCGCGAGGCUCGGGGAGACAGAAGGAAGCAGUUUCCCGACUGUUGUGCACGCCUUGUCUGUAAACACUACGUGGACGGGAAGCUUGUGCCGCUGCCGGCGCACAAAUAUCCCCUGCUCUAGUCAGGGAUGGGAUGAAACUACAUUUGCUUGAGUACAAACCAAAAAUGCCUGAAUGUUCAUCCGUGUGCUCACAUUUGGUGGAGUGCAUUGUUCUCAUUGCCGCGCGGGCUUUCAGUGCAAAGUUUGUGAUUUUAGUGCAUUGUGAACUUUGAGAUCCUGACUGAGAUCUGCAACAAUAAAAUAUAAAUUACACAGUUGUUUUCCCCCUGUGUAACAAGCUGCUGGCACCUACUUGGCCAGUUUGGCUUUUACCAAUGCAUCGUCGCUGCUGGUCACGUUAUCUUCAGAUAGAUUGGUUUCAACACGCGCUCGGAUGAGGGUCAAAUCGACCCCCUCGAAGGUUUUUCCGCAAUGGUUUCCGAACAGUGCGGCUUAAAGCUGUAGCAAAUUGAAUCGCGGACCGUUUGGUAAAACAAGCUUAGAUGUACCUUGUAAGGUCGCUCACCUAUGGCAGGUGAAAGUCAGGUCAUGGUUUCAGCGAAAUCAAUUUCUAGGGAAUCGUUCAAUCUGAUACAACACCGGAGUGUU